AUGGCCCAGAUGAACAACAUCACCAGAUCUUUAUUACCUCCCCUCCCUUCAGGUAAUGAGACUAUUGUGGAUAACCCAACGGCCACUGCUGUCGGCGCCCUCAUCCUGUCCAUCGUCUUCCUCCUGGGCUUCCCUGGAAACCUAUUCAUUAUCUGGAGCAUCCUAGCACGAGCCCGAAAGCAGUCCGUGACCACCCUCCUCAUCCUCAAUCUGGCCAUCGCCGAUGGCUCACUGAUGGGUCUUACCCCGUUUUUCAUCGUCUACCUGGUUUUAAAGAACUGGGUGUUUGGAAAUGUCAUGUGUAAAGUCCUCUUCUACCUGUGUCUGGUCAACAUGUACGCCUCGAUCCAGCUCAUCACGCUCAUGAGCUUGUACCGGCUGCUGGCGAUACUGUGGCCACAGCGCGUCGCGUCUUUCACCGGCAGGAAGACUGUACUUCGGGUGCUGGCUGUGGUGUGGGUGCUGGUGAUGAUCGCUUCGAUUCCUGCAAUGAUCUUCAGGAGGGUGAAGCACAAAGAGAAAAAUAUAUCAGUGUGCGAUUCCUUUCACGAUUACGACAGCCAUGUAAGUAAUCAAGCUAUGCCCGUAUUAUAUGUCCAUUUUUGACGCUGGUGUUGCUAGAAAAACAUCUGUCAUGCACAGAUGAGAGAAUAACAUUAAUUCUGAUCUGUCUGAGCAUGUUGUCACUGAUCUCAGCACAUGGCUUCUGCUUACUGUGCAACGUCAAGUAGGCCGGCUGUCAAGACGAAACAGGAGUCGGUGUUUUCCAAAGUGCUCGAGGAUGCACAUUUGUAGAAUUCUUUGGAAAAGACACUCUCCACAACUCUAAAAAGAGCGCUGAUAAAAUCUGAGCUCAUACGUGUGGCGGUGAUUCACGGUUCACUAUAAACUACAGUGUCAAGAGGAAAACCGUAAUCACCUCUGAUGAUCAUGGGUUUUGUGACCCUAUCUCUGCGCGGGGUUUCCCUACUAAUUGUGUUUGGUCAGAGUAAUCAGUAAAUCUGUCCCUCUCAGCUAUUUGAACUUUUCUGAUGCUCUGUAGCAGAAACUCUCAGUAAUCUACUUAAGUUUCGUAGCAUCGUGUUUGGACUGCUUAAGAAGACAGGUGAAAACAAUUGCAAGAUGCUAGGUCGUUCACUAUCAGCUUUCUGCUAACGUUUGCUUACAUUUAGCUGUCACCUGGUUUUGUUAAAGGGAUAUUCCAGCGUAAAAUUUAGGGUCAAAUACAUUGUAACACCCAGUUAGACACCCCCUCUCAAGAGAUGAAUGUUGCCGUCCGCUUGCGUCUCUAGUUAUAGCCAUAGUACUAGCCACCAAACAUCUUUUUAACUUUGACUAAUUUCUUUAGCAAAGAGACUAAACACAACUCACCUACUCUCCUCCAGCAGCCACUUGUUUGUGGCCAGUCCAUUACAGACUACAGCGGGGUGACGCAGCUCAAGGAAGAACAUUUAUGAUCAUUUCUUUAUCAUUUCCUUGAAGUAAUUAUCAUCAUAUUAAUGUAAUGAUCAUAAAUGUUCUUCCUUGAGCUGCGUCACCCCGCUGUAGUCCGUAAUGGACUGGCCCAAGGUCAUGCUACAAACAAGUGGCUGCCGGAGGAGAGUAGGUGAGUUUUCUUUAGUCUCUUUGUUAAAUUAGUCAAAGUUAAAAAGAUGUUUGGUGGCUUGUGCUGUGGCUGGGACCCUAUAUGUACUGUUGAUGUUAGGUGCUGUUCUGAGCAUUAUUUGUGGUGUUUUGGUUGAGAUUUGAGUGUUUCCUCAGACCGCUGUGUAUCGCUAUCCUGCGGUUGUAACUAAAGUUGGUAUAACUAAAGAAGCAAGCAGAGGCAACAUUCAUCUCUCGAGGGGGUGUCUUACUUGGUGUUACGGUGUGUUUGACCCUAAAUUAAUUUUACGUUGGAAUAUCCCUUUAAGAGAUGGAGAAGUAGUUAGGACUUCUGGUAAACCGGUAAUGUUUUGAUUCUUAGUUUUACGUCUUAGUUUCCUCAGGAGGUCAUGUGAGGGUGUUACAUAUAAACCUCCUGACUGUGCUGGGGUUUUUUUUGUACUUCGAAUGUAUGAGUGAUUAAAAAAAGCAAACAGACACGUUAAACAAGUGUCUGACAUUAACCCUGUGUUUUCUCCUCCUCUACAGGUUGUCAUCCAGUACACCAUGGAGCUUGUGUUGGGGUUCCUCAUCCCCUACACUAUUAUCGUGGUCAGCUACAUCCGCAUCCUACGGCGGAUCCGAAAGACCAAGUUUGGGCGACGUAUUCGAAGUGAAAAGCUCAUCCUCGCCAUUGUGCUGACCUUCUGCCUCUUCUGGUUGCCCUACCAUAUCAUCAACAUGGUGCAAGUAAGUCAGGCAACCUCUCCAACAAAUGACGAUUAAUAGAAGUUCAAUAAUUAUUGAUCAAUUACUUUCUCUACUUACAAUAUUUGGUAUAACUUAAGCGUGAUCGUUACAUGUAGGACUGUUUUUAAUCGUCAUUUUUGCAUUGUCUUCUUCAUCUCCUUUAGGUUACAUGGGCUCUCUGUCCAGCAGGUCCCGUAAAAACAAUGUAAGUAAAGACACGAUUUUUUCUGUUUGUUGGUUUUUUGGGCUUUUUUUUUGGCUGUUAUUACAAAAUAAAUACAAACAAAUAAUCAAGUCUACAAGACAUGCAGAGGUUUUUGAUUGGGAAGGAGUAAGUCACGGAUCUUGGCUUAAAUUCAGACCAUUUUAGUCACAUUGUCACGUGCCAGAGUUAAACAAAAAGAGGACCAAAAGAAGGAUUUAUUGAAAAAGAACUAAAUGAAUAAAAGCAACCAAAAGAGAAAAAUCCAAGAGGCAAUAUCCCCAAAAAUUGGCAUAUACACACAUUGACAAAUAAUAAACCAACAAGGACAGAGGGGAAGACAGAGACUAUAUACACACUAGGAAAUGAGCAACAGGUGAGGCAGACGAGACACAAGUGAAACUCAUGGGUGAUUAACGAAGGAGGGAAAACAAGGGAAGUAAAACCCAACUAGAAACACAAGGAAUCAUCUUAAAGUGGAAAAAAAUUAGAACAGGAGGGGAACAGGGUCAAACACAAACUGAAAACUCACAAGACAGGAUCAAGGGGAACAGAAACACUUGGGAAAACACAAAGAAAUACACUCAAAUAAUAAAACCAGGAAAACACUUUUGUGGGGUGGGGUGUUGAAGAUUAGGCUUAGCACCCAUAGUCUGUAAGUCCAAGACCCACCCUUGGACGGAUACUCAGUUCAUUACGAUUCGUCAACAGAAGUAGCAACAAAAAGUGCCAAAUGCGAAAUUACUAACAGUCCACCUUGAAGAGUUUCGUUACUUUCUGCCUAACAUAGAGUUCCUCUUUUCCCCACACAGGUUGGAUAAAAUUUGGCACAGGAGCCGUGCCGUCACCUCAUCUGUAGCCUUCAUCAGCAGCUGCGCCAACCCAGUGCUCUACUUCUUCGCUGGAAAGUCCUACAUCCGACGGGAGGGCCUGGCGUUCAUGGCCCGCCUGUUUGAGGGCACAGCGCUGGAGUCAGCCUCCAGGAAGAUCCGACAGAACAGCCAGAAUUGCAGUCGGGAGAAAGAGAAAGACGCGGAUGCCGUCAUGCUUAAGGACAAAGAGGCAGACUCUGUUACCAACUCGAGUUCAAAUGUUAAACCAGUGAAGAACGGCAAGUAG